GGUAAUAAAUGCAGGGAAGAGCACACAUAAUGAAGAUCAAGCCAGCUGUGAAGUCCUCUUUGUCAAGAAGAAAGCUGGAGGCACUAAUUCUACACCAAACAAGAACUCAGCAAAACGGAGGUCGUCGCUGCCCAAUGGAGAAGGUCUCCAGCUGAAAGACAAUUCAGACACAGAUGGGAUCAACCUGUACUACUGGUCCCUGUUUGAUGGACAUGCUGGGUCAGGGGCAGCUGUGGUUGCUUCCAAACUGCUGCAGCACCAUAUCCUGGAGCAGCUGCAGGAGAUCGUGGACAUCCUGAGGAACACGGCGGUCCUCCCUCCCACCUGCCUGGGAGAGGAGCCUGACAACCCAGCCACUAACAGCAGGACGCUGACACGGGCGGCCUCCCUGCGUGGUGGUGUGGGGGCCCCAGGCUCGCCCAGCACCCCUCCAACACGCUUCUUCACCGAGAAGAAGAUCCCACAUGAGUGCCUGGUUAUUGGGGCCAUAGAAAGUGCUUUCAAGGAAAUGGAUUUGCAAAUAGAACGAGAGAGGACCAUGUAUAAUAUUUCUGGCGGUUGCACAGCCCUUGUGGUGGUGUAUUUAUUGGGGAAGCUUUAUGUAGCAAACGCUGGUGAUAGCAGGGCUAUAAUAAUCCGAAACGGCGAAGUCAUUCCAAUGUCUUCAGAAUUCACUCCAGAGACCGAACGCCAGCGACUUCAGUAUCUGGCUUACAUGCAGCCCCACUUGCUGGGAAAUGAGUUCACACAUUUAGAGUUUCCACGGAGGGUCCAGCGCAAGGAAGUUGGGAAGAGGAUGCUCUACCGCGACUUCAACAUGACUGGCUGGGCAUACAAAACCAUUGAGGAAGAUGACUUGAAGUUUCCCCUCAUAUAUGGAGAAGGCAAGAAGGCUCGGGUUAUGGCAACAAUUGGAGUCACGCGAGGACUGGGAGACCAUGACCUGAAGGUGCAUGACUCCAAUAUAUACAUCAAACCUUUCCUGUCCUCAUCUCCAGAGGUGAGAGUCUAUGACCUCCUGCAGUACGAGCACGGGCCAGAUGAUGUUCUGAUCUUAGCUACUGAUGGACUCUGGGAUGUGCUGUUAAACGAAGAAGUGGCAGAAGCUGUCACUAACUUUCUACCAAACUGUGACCCUGAUGAUCCCCACAGGUACACGCUGGCGGCACAGGACCUGGUGAUGCGAGCCCGGGGAGUGCUGAAGGACCGGGGCUGGCGAAUAUCCAACGACAGGCUGGGCUCAGGAGACGACAUCUCUGUCUAUGUCAUCCCUUUAAUACACGGGAACAAACAGUCGUGA